ACGUAGACUACGUGUAAAAAAAAGAAGAAGCUGUGUUUAGUAGUGUGCAGAAACUAGCAGAAUCUACUUUCCAUCUAUUUAGCCAAUUAUUCGAGACUAGUAGGCCUACCUCUACAUUCCUUCAAUACUCCAAGUGCUACAAACCAGCGUCCCUUGGCCAUCACUGAUUUGUGAGUAAGAAUGACCGAAAGAAAACGCAAUGUAUCUGACGUGGAGGACGAGCGAGACGGUGAAGUGUCCGGGUCAAAGAAAUUAAAGGAUGGGACCGGUAAAAAGAGACACAUUGCGGCGUUGGUCUUGGCAAGAGGAGGUAGUAAAGGAAUUCCCCUGAAGAAUAUCAAAAUGCUGGCCGGGGUCCCGCUAGUCGGCUGGGUGCUGAGAGCUGCGGUGGACUCCAACAUGUUUGACAGUGUGUGGGUGUCGACGGACCAUGAUGAGAUAGAGAAGGUGGCGCGGGCGUGGGGGGCGCAGGUGCACCGCCGGAGCCCCGAGGUGUCCCAGGACUCCUCUAGCUCCCUGGACACCAUCCAGCAGUUCAGCCGCCUCAACCCCGAGGUGGAUGUGAUCUGCAACAUCCAGGCCACGUCGCCCUGCCUGCACCCCUCCCACCUGCAGGAGGCGCUGCAGCUCAUCACGCUGCAGGGCUUCCAGUCUGUGUUCUCUGUGGUGCGGAGAUACCACCUCAGAUGGCAGGAGGGGAAGAAGGGAGCGGGCGUGUCCACCCGGCCCCUGAACCUGGACCCGGCCUGCAGGCCACGCAGGCAGGACUGGGACGGGGAGCUGUGUGAGAACGGCUCCUUCUACUUCGCCACCAGAGAACUCAUCCAACAGGGGCUGUUACAGGGGGGUAAGAUGGCCUACUAUGAGAUGCUACCAGAGUUUAGUGUGGACAUCGAUGUGGACAUCGACUGGCCCGUGGCAGAGCAGAGGGUACUCCGGUUUGGCUACUUCGGCCGGGCCCAGCCCGAGGUGGUGCGGCUGCUGCUGUGUGUGGUGUGUGGGGGUCUGACAGACGGCCAGGUGCUGCUGUCUGCCUCGGGGGAGGAGAUGCUCUCCUUCAGCACCAGAGACACCAGGGGGAUACGCAUGCUGCAGGAGGAGGGAGUGGAGGUGGUGCUAUUGAGCUCCGUGGAGGAGCCUCUGUCCAGCGCUCUGUGUGAGCGUCUGACCCAGAGGACAGGCUGUCCAGUAAGGCAACUGGGCGCAGACGUGCAGGCUGACGUCAGGGCCAUGAUGGCCAAGAGGAGCCUGGGCUGGAACGAGGUGGCUUACCUGGGUAAUGAUGAGCAGGAUGUGACUUGCCUGACCCUGGCUGGUCUGAGUGCAGUACCUCUCCACGCCCCCACAGGGGCGCUGAACGCUGCCAAGUACUCGUGCCACAGUGGGGGGGGCCGGGGGGCCCUGAGGGAGUUUGCAGAACACAUCCUGCUGCUGAAGAAGAAAGCCAGGGCCCAGCUGGAGCAGGACCGCAUCAACAGACAUGCCUUCUGACCUGGAGCACAUCCACAUACACCUUCUUACCAGGUGCACAUCCACACACACCUUCUGAUCCGGAGCACAUCCACACACACCUUCUGACCAGGAGCACAUCCACACACACC